CGGGGGAGGCCAUGAUGGAGGACGGCGAGGGGGUGGGGGUGUUGAGGUGAACUGGAGUUGCGGGACUGGGUGAGGAAGGGGAAAGGAUGGAGUGAAGGGUGAGUUUGUGGAGAAAGGUCGGGAAAGAACAGAAGGGCGAGAGACGUGGGAACCGUGGGUCUAGGGGGAAGCGGGGGGGCCACAGUUUCCCCUCCUGGGAUGUUUGGCGUGCGACAGGGCCCUUCCUCAGACUCACUGCUUGCUCCCUUUGGAAGCCCCGGAUGCCCCCUAAGACCUCUUGAGACUCCUUCCUUCGUUUCCCCGCAUAGUCUGCUGAUGUGAGGAGGGGGUAUUGUUUCCUGAGGAAAGAGACGUUUCUGACCCCCACCCAGUGCUGGGUAGUCCAAAAAACGGGGAGAGCAGAAGCCCCUUUGUCCCAACCCUGGCUCUGCCGCCAAGACAGUCUGUAACAACUCUGUGUGACCUUGGGCAAGUCACUCACUACCUUUCUUUGGGCCUAAGAUUUCCCAUCGAUUAAAAAAAAUAAAUAAAAGGAAGAUGCAUAAGAAGGAUAUCCCAGAUCUCUUUCUGCUCUUAAAAUGGGGAGGCGCUUGAGGAGAGAGUUCAGGAGAACGGGUUCUAGGACGUGGGGAAGCAAAGAAAGUCGGAUGAAGAUGGAGGCUAGGCCUUCAGCUGGGGCUGCAGAAAAUCCCCAGGGAUGUGAGGGGAGGGUCGGCACAAAGCGAAGCUGGGGCAGGCUAGCCAGCGCCUCUGGAUUCCUGUUGGAGUGAUGGGAGGACUGUAAAUAAGACGAAGAGGUUGAGACUGAACCCGAGAAGGAUGAAGACCAGAAGUAACCUUCUGUUCAUCAGGAGAGUGGUGAGUCGGUUCCCGAGUCUGGUCCCCGGCCCCCAGCAGCGCCUGCCCCCUUCCCACCGGGGCCCCCCAUGAUGCCACCACCCUUCAUGCCUCCUCCAGGAAUCCCCCCACCUUUUCCUCCAAUGGGGCUCCCUCCCAUGAGUCAGAGACCACCGGCCAUCCCCCCAAUGCCACCUGGCAUCAUGCCCCCAAUGCUCCCACCAAUGGGGGCACCACCACCACUCACACAGAUACCAGGAAUGGUACCUCCCAUGAUGCCAGGAAUGCUGAUGCCAGCAGUGCCCGUCACCGCAGCGACGGCUCCGGGUGCGGACACCGCCAGCUCUGCUGUGGCUGGGACAGGCCCUCCGAGGGCACUGUGGAGUGAGCAUGUGGCCCCUGAUGGGCGCAUCUACUACUACAAUGCUGACGACAAGCAGUCCGUGUGGGAGAAGCCCAGCGUGCUCAAGUCCAAGGCAGAGCUCCUGCUGUCCCAGUGUCCCUGGAAAGAGUACAAGUCGGACACAGGCAAACCUUACUACUACAACAAUCAGAGUAAGGAGUCCCGCUGGACCCGGCCCAAGGACCUGGAUGACUUGGAGGCUCUAGUCAAACAAGAGGCUGCAGGGAAACAGCAGCAGCCACAGACACUACAGCCACAGCCUCCUCAGCCUCAGCCCGAUCCCCCACCUGUGCCGCCUGGCCCCACCUUGCUGCCCACAGGCCUCCUAGAACCUGAGCCAGGUGGGAGUGAAGAUUGCACUGUGUCAGAGGCUGCCCAGCCCCUGGAGCAGGGGUUCCUGCAGCAGCCAGAGGAGGGCCCCAGCAGUUCUGCUGGACAGCAUCAGCCACCACAACAAGAGGAAGAAGAAUCAAAACUGGAGCCGGAGCGGUCUGGUCUCAGUUGGAGUAACCGGGAGAAGGCAAAGCAGGCCUUCAAGGAGCUGCUGAGGGACAAGGCUGUCCCCUCCAAUGCUUCGUGGGAACAGGCCAUGAAGAUGGUGGUCACUGACCCCCGUUACAGUGCCUUGCCCAAACUGAGUGAGAAAAAGCAGGCAUUCAAUGCCUACAAAGCACAGCGGGAGAAGGAGGAGAAGGAAGAGGCCCGGCUAAGAGCCAAGGAGGCCAAGCAGACCUUGCAGCAUUUCCUGGAGCAGCAUGAACGCAUGACCUCCACCACCCGCUACCGGCGGGCAGAACAGACCUUUGGGGAGCUGGAGGUCUGGGCUGUGGUCCCUGAGAGGGAUCGAAAAGAGGUUUAUGAUGAUGUCCUCUUCUUCCUGGCCAAGAAGGAGAAGGAACAGGCUAAGCAGCUGCGGCGCCGCAACAUCCAGGCCCUGAAGAGCAUCCUAGAUGGGAUGAGUAGUGUCAACUUCCAAACCACCUGGUCCCAGGCCCAGCAGUACCUCAUGGAUAACCCCAGCUUUGCUCAGGACCAUCAGCUGCAGAACAUGGACAAGGAAGAUGCGCUGAUCUGCUUUGAGGAGCACAUCCGAGCUUUGGAGAGGGAGGAGGAGGAGGAGCGAGAGCGAGCCCGACUUCGGGAGCGGCGCCAGCAGCGCAAGAACCGGGAGGCCUUCCAGACCUUCCUGGAUGAGCUGCAUGAGACAGGGCAGCUGCACUCCAUGUCCACCUGGAUGGAGCUUUACCCAGCGGUCAGCACUGACAUCCGCUUUGCCAACAUGCUGGGCCAGCCGGGCUCCACCCCUCUGGACUUGUUCAAGUUCUAUGUGGAAGAGUUGAAGGCACGAUUCCAUGAUGAGAAGAAGAUCAUAAAGGACAUCCUUAAGGACCGGGGCUUCUGCGUGGAGGUGAACACAGCCUUCGAGGACUUCGCCCACGUCAUAAGCUUUGACAAGAGGGCUGCUGCGCUGGAUGCAGGCAACAUCAAGCUGACUUUCAAUAGUCUGCUGGAGAAAGCAGAGGCACGCGAGAGAGAGCGGGAGAAGGAGGAGGCCCGGCGGCUGCGGCGCAGGGAAGCUGCCUUCCGAAGCAUGCUGAGGCAGGCUGUGCCUGCUCUGGAGCUGGGCACGGCCUGGGAAGAGGUCCGUGAGCGCUUUGUGUGCGACUCAGCCUUUGAGCAGAUCACCCUGGAGUCGGAGCGGAUCCGGCUCUUUCGGGAGUUCCUGCAGGUACUGGAGACGGAAUGCCAGCACCUCCACAGCAAAGGCCGGAAGCACGGCAGAAAGGGCAAGAAGCACCAUCGCAAGCGUUCCCACUCGCCUUCAGUGAGUUGGCGGGGCUCUGAGUCAGGAGACGAGGAGCUGCCCCCGCCCUCUCUCCGGCCCCCCAAGCGGAGGCGACGGAACCCCUCGGAGUCAGGCUCUGAGCCCUCUUCCUCACUUGAUUCUGUUGAAAGUGGGGGUGCUGCCCUUGGAGGACGGGGUUCCCCCUCCUCUCGCCUUCUCCUCGGAUCAGAUCAUGGUCUUCGGAAAGCCAAGAAACCAAAAAAGAAAACUAAGAAGAGAAGACACAAGUCGAACAGUCCCGAGAGCGAGACAGACCCUGAGGAGAAAGCUGCCAAGGAGAGUGAUGAGAAAGAACCAGAACAGGACAAGGACAGGGACCUCCGGCGGGCAGAGCUCCCUAACCGCUCCCCAGCCUUUGGGAUCAAGAAGGAGAAGACGGGCUGGGACACGUCGGAAAGCGAGCUGAGCGAGGGGGAGCUGGAAAGACGGCGGCGGACGCUCUUGCAGCAGCUGGACGACCACCAGUGACCUGACACGCCACCGUGCCUCGGGUCUGCGUGAGGCUGUGGCUGAGUUCACCCUCGCUGUCUGCCCCAGAACUUCUUCCUUAGUUGGGUCUGUGUCCACUUUUUCUCAAGUAUCCCCAACCCCAACCCACCAUUUCUGGCAUCUCCCAAGGUGCUUGUGGUGUUCAAGGGUCCCCUCAACUUCCCGGACAACUAGUGCUUGCCCUCAGUCUCAGACCAGCGAUUGGUGGUGAAUGCCAUUUGGGUGGGUGGUACCAGUAGAUAAAAUGUGAGAAGGGGCCCCCGAACAAGUGGCAGGCUGGUAGACACAGCCUGGGUGGCAGGGGCGGGGUCCUUAGCCUCUAGCAUCAGGGCCUGCUCCUCCCUGCCCAGGCCCUGGGACUCCACCACUCCUUUCUCCAGCCCUGGGGCGCAGUGUAUGUGUGUUUUGUUUUGGUUUUGUUUUUUAAAUGACAAUAUUUAUAACAUG